AUUAUAUGAGAAUACUUUUCAUACAAUGUCAGAAGAAUUGUAAAGACAAAUGUUAUGAGAAUUCAGAGGUGGAAGUAAGAUUACUUACUGUUGGAAGAAAUGAAGGAUUUUCUGAAGGAAAUGAUAUUUGAGAUAGACUUGAGGGCCAUUAUAAUAAGUAGCAUAUAACAAGUGGGGAAAGCAUUCUGGGCAGAUAAGUUCAGAUGGAAAAGAACUAAGCGUUUUAUUUUUAUUUCAAUGGAGUAUAAUAUAAAUGUAGCAUGUGGUAGUGUGAGAGUGAGUUGAAGUAGAGGGGAAACUAGAUGGUUCGGGAGAUAGAGCACUAACCCUGAAGUCAUGAGGACCUGAGUUCAAAUCCAGAUUCAUAUACUUUUAACAUUUUUACUAGCUGUGUGACCCCGGACAAGUCACUUAAUCCCAAUUGCCUCGACAAAAACAAACAAAAAAACACCCCACCAAUCAAGAAAAAAAAAAAAAACAAACAAAACUGGGUGAAGUACAGAAUAUAAUGGACUAAAUGAAAAAGUAGUCUUAUGUCAUUCCUUGAUUGCCUCUCUUCCUUCCCUCAGUAACCGGUCCUUCCUUCUCCUUCUAAUAUCAUCUACUACUGCUAUGAGUCCUCUGCUCCUCUACUUAGGUCCCCUUUGAAUCUCUUCUCUCCCUUCUCUGAGGACUUUGCUCUCCUCUCUUCCACUCCUCGCUUACUGAUAGACAUGUCCUUCCCUAUUGAAAAGGGAAGAAAAUGAGAGAUGGAUUCCACUCCUGCCUUACGUUAAUGAGGUAUCUCCUUUCUUUCCCAGGUCAGUGUUGGCGUUGACAGAGACACUUGAUGCUCCCUAAGGCUCAGACUCUGUGCUGUGACAAGGGCCAUGAGCUACCCUAUGACUUCUUCACCUAAGGAGCAUGGCUUACCUUCAUCGCCUCCAUCCUCCCCUAUUCUCCUUAAUCAGGAAAUUAAACCAGUAAAACCAUUAGCCUGGGACUGGCAAUCAAAACCAGAGCUGUGGGCUCAGGCCCUUCGUCAACAACUCAAUGCCCAGCUGCAGCUUCCCCAGAAACUGGACCAGUCCCCAGCAGUGGAGCUCCUUUUAGCUGAACUUCAGGUCCUUCUGACUGCUGUACUCAAGGAUGGUAGUCCUGCAGCUUGGUACUACUUAUAUAAUGUUCUGGCCUCUCUGUCACCUUACCAGACGCUGCUUUGUAAACACCUUCACAUAGUCCCUUUACUGGAGCAGUUAUAUGCCUGGGCCCCCCAGAUCCAGGCCCAGCUUGGUCUGGAUUUUCUGGAAGUGCUGAAACAGACCUUUCCGCCAGACACCUCUAUGAUGUUCCCAUCCAGCCACACUUCUUGCAGAAACCAGAAGAAGAUGAGAGUACCAUACUCCCAAGCUGCUUUGGGCCCAUCAUGCCCCUUUAUUCAAGAUGAACAAGGGCAGACACAGAAGUCUGCAAAUGAGGAUGAAAACUGGGUGUACCCUGUGACCCUCCCUCAGCUACAAUAUGCUCUGGGCAUUGUGGGAGUAGAUGUGGCCCAUGAUGAAGCCUUCUGGAUGAAUGGCCUUGGUCUUCUGCCUUUGGCCUUGGCCACAAACAUCCCUGUGAAGUACCUCAGCAGAAAAGAGGAGGAGGAGCAUCCUGGAAGUAGUGCCAGAUACAUACCUCAGCUCUUAACUGCUACUAAAGAAAGGAGCUCUGAAAUGGUAAGCUCUGACUUCUCAUCUGAGGCUAACCUGCUAAAGAACAAGAUCAUUUCUUUUCUUAAGGAGAGCAAAUACCUAUCUCAAAUCCAUUUCAUUUACCUCAAUUUGGCGACUACUCGGGGUUUCAGGCCAUAUUGCCUGACAGUGGUGCCAAAGAGACUGGCAAAUCCAGAGCACUACAUCUUUUCUCCUUUUGGAAUCCUGCAUGUGCAUCCUGAGGAAGGCAAUGAGUUUAUAACCCUGGGGGUCUGGCACCGGCAUGCCAUGCUCUGGGAACGACUCCAAAACAUCUCUUUCUUCAAGCAUUAUUUUGUGAGGAAAGCCUUUACUUGCUGGAGGAAGAAUGUUAAAAGGCAGGUGCUGCAGAAACGCCAGGAUUUCCUGAGGAACUACCUGUUCUUUGCGAUACCCCACUUUGGGAUUUGUCUGCUUCAUAUUAACAGGUUUUUGCAAGAACUACAUUCUGUUUCCUGGCUGCCCCAGGAGGAAAAUCGAUGUUAUACACUAACAGAGCUGCAGCGGGCCCUGGCUAAGAUGAAUAGAGAGGCCUUGAAGGUGUUGCGACGUUAUCUCCGCCUCUCUGCAGCUGUCCUCCAGUUGGUGCAUGAAGACACAUAUCGCAUGCGGCAGGGCCUCCAGGAGCGAGUGGAGAGUGUCUCUGAGUACAGUUCAGCAAAGGGCUCCAUGUACCGAAAGUGGUUUCGUCGGCAGCAGCUAAUGCAGAAGCUGAACCGAGCUGAGCUGUGGUGGCAACUUUUGGGGCGCCUUGCCUGCCUUGUUGACCUCAUGACCUGUCAGAACCUCAUUUCUAUUUUGGAGAACGAGCUGAUCACAUUUGUUACUUGUGUCCAACAGGGUCCAAGGACAGUUGCCUUGCUGACAGGAAAGUUGGCCUUUGAUGAAGAUGGAAAGCUACGUGUGGUGCCAAGAGCAGAACAGAUGGCUCAUAGUUUAUCUGAGGGGUUGAAGACUGUGGUGACCUCAGCCCUAACGGUCAUGAAGACGGCAGAUCCUCAAACCCCUGUACACCUUUUCCAAGCUUCAGAUGAGGCUCAGAUGGGAGGAAGCACAACGAACACUUCAACUAUGCUAGUGGAAGAAGAGGAUGAAGAGGAAUUAGACUCUGCCUUAAUUUCCUUGGCAUUACGGGCCCAGUCUAAUGAAGCCGUCAGACUCUUUUGUGGCCCUGAGACAGAGAUGGUGCGCUCCAGGAAGCCCGACUCCAGUGCUAGACCUCUCGAGGUACUUGGGCACAGAAUAAGAUCCCAGUAUGCUCCUCCUAGCCGAAUCCAGCUACAGAAUGAUUUGGACACAAAUGAUGGAAUCCAAAAGGCUCUGGCUACCCAAAAAACAUUAUUAGAGGAUAUGCUGUUGGAAGUGAAGAAGUUCUGUCAGAAUUAUAAAUGGCUCAGGAACAUUCACCAGUUUCUGAAAAACUGGGGGCCCCAGAAAUUGGAGUCCAUUGAGAAGUGGCCUGCUACAAGAUACCAGAGGCUCCUCAUUGAUCUGGAAUCCUGGCAGAACCGAGUGAGUGAGGUGCCCACCGUAUUGCUCACUGAAAAUCUGUUGCUGCGCCUCGACUGUAACUGUGUGCAGACAGACAUUGGUGAGUUUUCUUCUCUUGUUUCUCUACUGCAUUCCCUCACCCGUUUCUCUUUCUUUCCCUUCCCUGACCUCUUUGCCCUACCUUAUUCUCCUCUGCUCCUUUUCCACCUUCUCACUUCCUUUUUAGCCCCUUUCCCUUCCCUACCUUCUCAUACCUCCCUCCCUUCCCUUUUUUAUUCUUGCUCUCCCUUAUUGCUCCCCCUCCUCUCUUUUCUUCUCCUCAGAUCACAGUUGAAGAAUGUCAAGGAUGACAUCCUGGCUCAGAUGAAUAGUGUGAGGGACACUGAAUGUGAAGAGCUCAUGAAUGAACUCUCAGAGUUUGUGGAAGUUUUCCAAAACAUCAUUGAUGACAUCCAGAUUAUUACCAAGUGUUUCCAGAAGAGGGCUUUGGAUGGGGAGCUGGUGGGAGAGGGCAUAGGUCCUGAGGUGAGGUGCCUGCAGCUGACAGAGGCCAAUGAGAAGAGUGAAGACCUGGAGGAACGAGUAGAUCGUGUGCUUACUCUCAACAACAUCAUCCGAUAUCACUUUGGCGAAUUAUCCUAUGAGGAUGAGGGGCUGGAGAUUGCGCUGCUAGAUGCGUGGGAGACCUUCCUCUUUGAGCAUCAACAGGCCUCUGAGGUCCUACUGGGCAGGCAGAGCACCUUGGUGCCCCAGCUCCAGGAGAUGAUGUCAGAUGCCCUGAAAGAGAUGGAAGACUUGAGCAUCCAGGCUGUCAGUGGUCCUUUCAUGGAUCCCACCCAGGACCAGCACAGCACUGAGCAGGAACUUAUCAAAAUGGAGCAUAGAUAUUUCUCCAUUUCUGCCCACCUGGCGGAGCUGCACCAUGCCUAUGUCAUCCUAAGUGGUACAGAGUUCAUUCCUUGUACUGUGAUGCCCCUUGUUUCUGUCUCUGUGUCUGUCUCUUUCUCACUCCUCGACAAUCCCCCCACUCCUUUCCUUGGGAGAGUCAGGGGCCUAGAAGUACUUCCUUCCUCUGCAGGGGAAUCCUCGCCAGUGCCAGAGCCUCAAAGAGGGCCCCGGCCCAUUUUACUGCAGCAGCGUGUCUGGCAUCUCUUUCGUGUGAUUAGUGAGCAAAUUGGUGAAUGGAAAUGUCUGGCUUUUAGGAAGUUCAGUACCUCUUUGGCCUGGGACAAGACAGAUGAAUGGUUGACUGAGGCUGCCAAGUUAAGCAGGCUAUUCAUGGUGGCAAAUCCCGUAAUACAAACCUGUAUGCACCUGGUGGAGGAAUUUCGGAGCUAUUUGCCAGUGCUUUCUAUGAUGAACUACUCCCACUUGCAAAUCAGCAGCUGGCACGCCAUUUUUCGAGCCAUGGGGGCAGGCUGCCCUGAGAACAUUGAACUCCUGACCUUGGGCCAGCUGCUUUCCUACCCUCUGCUAGAAUACCGAAAUCGAAUCUCUCAGAUUUGGAUUAAUGAGAAUGAGCGCUACCAGAUUCAGGAUAGUAUGCGGAAGCUGGAAGAGACUUGGAAGGGCCAACAGCUACGUCUUCUCAAUUUUAUCCUUUAUGUGCCCUAUGAGCCGCCUCCGUCAGAGAAUUCCCGGAGACAUUCGCACAACCAAGGCCAAGGACAGCAGUUGGAAAUAGUGGCUAAGGACAGCGGUACCUAUAUGCUGUCUGAUAUCAGUAGCCUGCAAGAUGGAAUUCAAGAAAGCCUGCAGACACUACUCAAAAUCUUGAACUCCCAAUAUACUGAGAAUCUCCGGGACCGAGCCCAGGAAUGGGUGUCCAUCUUUCGAGGCUUACGUGCCUUGAUGGAAGUUUGGGUAGUAUUCCAACAGAAAUGGAUUUUUCUGAAUAAAGUUAUCUAUGAGAUGAAGAUCAACUUGCCUAGCCCAGAACUGAAUAAAAGGUUUCAAGUGGUAGAUUCUCAAUAUCGAGAACUCAUGCAGGUCUCCUUGGAGGAUCCUCUGGUGUUAUCCCUCAUGGUGCCCAGCGGGUCACGAAAUCCCAGAUUCCGGGACCAGCAGCUGCAGAGGCUCCUACGUGCGGGCAACCUCGAACUGGAGUACAUAAUCAUUGCCCUAGAAACGGUGCUCUAUGGGGUGCGCAUGCGCUUCCCUCGCCUCUUUUUCCUCAGUGACGGGGAGCUCGUGGCCCUGAUGUCGGCCCCCUGGGAAGCCGCUGAGACUCAGCAUUGGGUGCACCGCUGCUUCCCCCACAUUCAGACUGUGGUGUUUCAGCCAUGCAACACCUCAGGACCCAGUAUCCUGGAGGUCAAAGAAGAGGCUCAGUCCAUCAUGGGCAAAUUUGGGGAGAUCCUGGCCCUGCGCUCUCCCCUGCCCCUACAACAUGAUGUCCCCAAGUGGCUGACCAGCCUGGAACAGUGGAUACGGUCAGCCCUGGUAUAUGGGCUAUCAGACUGUGUGGCUGCUCGCCUGGCCCUAAAUCAGUCCUUGGACCAUGUUUUUCAGCAACCCCAAAGUCCUGGGGAGCCCCACUUGUAUCUUCAUAGUCAUCAUUGGCUAGACUUGGCCCAGGCCUUUCCAGUCCAGUGUGUGCUGGUAGCCGAAGAGGUGGCCUGGCGGAUCCACGUAGAGGAGGCAAUGCAGAAUAAAAAGGUCCACCUCCUUAGUUUCAUGCAGCUCCGUAAAAUGGAGGCCCUGUCCAAUUUUGCCCGUGAACAGCGGAGCACCCAUAUUGGUCACCCUCCCCCCUCACCUCGACUGUCCUUUCUGCUGACCCUGUUGCUUGCAAGGGUUAUAGCCCAUCGGGACACAGCAGUACUUUUGCAGCAGCAACAAGUCAGUGAGUCUGAAGACUUCCACUGGGCCCGCCAGUUAAAGUACUACUUGGGUCCUCAAAACAGCAGCCAAAGCCCAGAUUCUAAUGAGCCAUCUGAAGUUGGCUCAUCCCACAGGAAAAAGCCCACAUGUUGGGUGGAAGUACUGGGGCAUCCCUUCCUAUAUACCUAUGAGUAUGUGGGCCCCGGCCAGAGACGAAUAGCCGCCCUACUGCUUGAACGACCUGCUCUGGGGCUGCUUUUGGCUCUGAAAGAAGCCGCUUGUGGGACCCUUCUUGGCCCUAUUGGUGUUGGCAAGAGUGCCUUAGUGGCCAGACUGGCCUCUGCCCUGGGCCGUCAGCUGGUGAUCCUACACUGUGUAAUGCACAUGGAAGCCCACUGCCUGGGGUCCUACCUGACUGGAGCCCUGCAGAGUGGCGCCUGGCUCCUGCUAAAAGCUGCAGGUGCCCUGCCAGUUGGCUUGCUCUCGGCUCUGGGCCAGCGCUUAGAUGAUCUGCGGUGUCUCUAUGUACCUCUGCUUCUGGGAGCUCCAGAAAUUUCUGAGUUGGAUCCCUUGAUGCCUCAGAUCCUGGGCAGUAGCUUCUUUGAAAAUCAUCAAGUUCUUGUGCGCGUUGGCUAUGGAUGCUUUUUAACACUCACCCACUUGAGUUCUACCUUGCCCACCAACCUGCGCUUCCUGCUUCGCCCUGUGACCAUGGCACUGCCAAACCUAAAACAGCUGACUGAAAUGACCCUGAUGGGUGCUGGACUCCGGGACGCUGUGCGCCUGGCAUCUCGUCUGGCCACAUUCUUCACCUUGGAGCAGGCCCUAGAGCCCAGGCUGCUGCCCAGCCGCCUUAACAUCCUGGUACAGAUCCUGGAGACUACCCUAAAAUUCUUGGAAACUCCUAAGGAACAACAGGGCCCCCAACUUCCUCGAACCCUAGGUGCUGCAGAGGAGGCUGCUCUGCUUCAUGCCCUGCUGCAUUCACCACUGUUUAAUGGUCCUGAGCGACCUCACCUCCUUAUGCUACGUCAGCUGCUCCGUGACAUCUUUUCAGGGGCAGGCAAUGUGCUGGCCACACCAUGGACUGUAACUCCACCCAAAUUGACAAAAGAAUUACGGAAGAUUGGCCUGUAUGUGGAUCCUGAUUUCCUGUGCUCCUUAGAGCAGUUGAGCCAGGCCUUGAGGCAAGUGCGUGGGAUAUUGCUCAUGGGUCCACCUGGCAGUGGGAAGAGCACAUGCUGGCAGGCCCUGGCUAAGGUCUGGAACCAGCUGGUAGCCAGGAACAAAGCCUCUAGAGAUGUUAGGCCUGUGAAAACCACUUCCCUGUAUCCUAGUAGCCUUAACUCAGAGGAAUUCCUAGGCUGGUUUGAGGAAAACUAUUGGAAUCAUGGGGUCUUUUCCCAGCUGUUGUGGGCUGGUGUAAACCAACCUAUGAGGGACCCACAGGGAAUUCAGCAUUGGAUCAUCUGUGAUGGAGUGCCUAGUGCUGCUUGGCUGGAUCCUGUUGCCUCCUUGCUAAGUAAUGCUGCUAAAAUUAGUCUGCCCAAUGGUCAACAAAUACCUUGGCCACAAGAUACCUGGUUCCUGCUUGAGAUUGUGAACACAGCUGGUAUGUCUCCUUAUGUAAUCGGAAGUUGUGCCCUGGUAUAUUGUGGAGGGCAUCAGACAUGGCAGGCUAUGCUUGCAACUCUAAUGACAGAACUGCCUCGAGAGUACUAUUUGCUCCCCCAAACCAUGGUUGAGUUGCAAUAUCUAGCGGAUGACCUAGUGCCCCCCAUGCUUCACUUCCUAAACCGCCAGGGUGCCAACUCUGUGCUCCAUGUCCAUGGACAGCCAACAUCCAGCCCAGGUGUGGCAGAGAUCCGCAGCAUGACCCACCUCCUCCAAGGGCUGCUUAAUCCCCACCUGCACUACACAGAAGAGGAGCAAUACCACAUCACCAAUGGGGACAACUUGAGCCGUUCAAGCUCAAUGGUCCAAGACUCUGAAGGUACUCAAGAAAGCAUAUCUGCUGAGGGACUCCAGAAAGACAUGGACGGGGACAAAAAACGUCGAAACCAUUUGCUGGCUAUCAAUAGCUUCCUCUUGGCUUUUAUUUGGGGCUUUGGAUCCCAUCUCCCAUCCAGGCAUUGGUCUACCUUUGACAACUUUGUUAGGGGAAUUUUGAAGCACCACUGUGAAUACCCUGAGCUGCCUACUUGUACCUCUGUGUUUGACUUACAUCUUUGCUCUGAGGACGGAUCGUUGGUGCCUUUCUCAGGCCUGUAUUUGAGCAAACGGAUCAAGGGAACUAUAGGGACCUUCAACUUUUCAGCCCAGGCAGAAUGUGUAUUGUAUGUGGCGGAUCUCCUCUUGUCUGCGGGACAUCCUGUGCUGCUGACUGGAGAGACUGGCUCUGGAAAGUCUGCCUUUGUGGAAGUGCUGGUGGAGCCCAACCACCCAUGUGUGCAUAUACCAAUCCAUUUGGCUCUUACCACAACUCAUCUAAGAAAUCUUCUGACUCAAGAGAUCCAUAAGCAGAACCAGAAUUGGCCGGGGAAAAUAGUGCCUUCCAAGGGCUCUUUUCUUUUCUAUCUGAAGGAUCUGCAUAUGGCAGCAGCUGACCCCACGAGAAAAUGUCAACCUGUGCUGGAGACACUGCGACAGGUCCUGAGUCAUAGCACAUUGUAUGAUGACGACACUCUGGAGCUGCAGGCAGUACCCACCACUUUCAACUGGCUGGCCACAGCCACAGCCCCCUGCUGUUCUGAGCUGCCUUUGUGCUCACGCUUGACCCGGCUCUUCACAGUGCUGCUGCUGGACAACGUAAGCCGGGUGACCAUUUUAUCGAGGCACUGCGCAGGGGUCCAGGCCUGGCUUGAGCGCUUCCCCUCCCUAGAGAAGCAAGAAUUGAUGGCAAAGGCACUGGUCACUGCCACUCUGGAUGCCUGGGAGGAAAUGCGGACCCACUUCCCCGUAUCCCCCCACAGACCUCACUACCGCUUCUCCUCACACACUAUAGAACAUCUGCUCAACAGUCUGCAGCUGCUCUACCCUCGCCCUCCAGUGCGCCUUGCUCACACACAGACUCGGCUGGAGCAGCUUCGUCGCAUGUCAGGCCUCCGGGGCACCCACUUGGCCACUCUGGUGGCCAUCAGGACUGUGGCCCACCUCUGGCUGCAUGAGGCCCAACGCAUCUUCGCCGACCGCCUUAUUACAGACACAGAACGGGAGCGCUGUGUUCAGAUGCUGCUGGCUGUUGCAACCAGUGCUUUUUGUUCAAAUACCGCUUACAAGAGCAUUUGGGAAUCAGAAAAGGUAGAGGAGGAAAGGAAGGAACUGGUGCCUGAGGUAGAGUCUGAGGAGGAGUUGGCCCAAUGGGAAGAUCACAGCAGCAGCGAAAGUGAAGAUGGGGAUGAACCGGGGACUAGAGACUUGCUGGCCUUGACUGUGAGUUGGUCUCCACUGGGCCCUGGUCCCAAAACCCUGAACUUGCCAUUGACUGGGCCAACACCACUUGACCAGGUCUCUCCAUCAGUCAUCUCUGUGACUUUGAGCCAUAAGAAUAUUUCCUCUACAAAGCUAGAGAAAAAAAGUAAGAUCCGGUGGCAGAAAGCUGGUCAACUGUGUAUCUCCGCCCCGCUAUUGCUACCUGCGCUGCUGCUGCUGCCCCAAGAACGGGCCUCUGAGCUGCUCUUCACCCAGGAACUGUCACUGGAAUCCACUAUGGAGGAAUCUAGACUCUAUUUGCAGCAAACCUGGGAGGUUCUAGAGAAGCAGCUGGAGACUGUGCUGCCAGAGUUGGGCCCAGGUCCCCGGCUUUCCUCAUGUCGCCCCUUUGCCCAGCAUGUGGCCCGCUUGGCCCGGGUAUUGGCUGGUCCACAACAACAUGGAAUUCUACUAUCGUAUACCAGGGGAACGGGACGACGAACUGCUCUAUACCUGGCUGCCCGACUUAGCCAGGCUUGCCUCUUUGAGCUGCCCCUGGAGCCAAAUGAGGCUAUGUUGAAAUGCCUCAAGAAAGCCGCCUGGCAUGCAGGGUUCGUGGGCAAGCCAGCAGCUUUGAUGGUGCCAGAGGGAGCAAGUUCCUCCCUUUUGAAUCUUCUUUUAGGGCUUGCACAAGAAGGGUACUUCCCUGGCCUGUACUCAGAAGAGGAGCUGAAAACCAUUGCUGAGCAACUGCCUUUAGAGAAUACAGCCAUCAAGAUUAGACCCAAGAAGGAAAUGGUGAUAUUGAGGUUCCGCCGGCUGGUAUGCAAUAACCUCCAUGUAUUCAUCUUGAUGUCUGAGAGUUCCAGACCUCCUCAGAUCCGCCCCACCACUUUUCUGGCUCUCCUUGAUCGUGCUUGCAUCAGCAUUGACUAUUAUGAGCCCUGGAACAAGACUACCCUGAUCAGCCUGGCCCAGCAUUACAUAGAGAGUAUUUUUAACAAAAGGCUAGAACUUGGUAAGCCUGACUCAACUGAUUUCUCUACCUUCCCUACCCCAUCCUUGCUGAAGCUUCUCCUGAUGGGACUACCUUUCUUCUUUUUGCCAAACCCUGGUGAAGUACCUCCUCCUUUUCCUCACUGUCUCUUCUCCUCUUUCCCCCUUUUUGAUGCUCAGUUCCUUUCUUUAUUCCCCUUUUCUUCCCCACUUUCCCACAUUCAAAAGGCUGGAUUUCUUGCAGAGUGUCCUCGGCUCCCAGCUCUGCAGGCCUCUGUUGCCAAUAUAGCCAAAGUUAUGGCUCUGAUCCAUCUAUCAGCUACCAAAUACUAUCAGCUCCUCUGCCCACUGCUGCCCUUAGCUACGCCCAAGACUUUCCUGGACUUCUUGGAUACCUUCUUGCUGCUGUACUUCCACCAAUCCAAUCGCAUCCAGAACAAGAUCCAGCGGAUUCAGACAGCCCUGGGGAAACUGACCAUGGUGAUAGAGCAGAACAACGCCCACUAUCGCAUGGUGGAAAACCUAGAGAAUGAGCUGCGGAAUGCCCAUGAGGACCUCCUUAAUUGUCAGAAGCAGCUGGAGGCAGACAGGAUGCAGUAUUUUCAGUUCUUAAAGAAUUGUGAGCAACAGGAAGUACUCAUCGGCAAUCUUACCAAACAGAGAGACGUACUGCAGAACCAGGAAGAGUCACUAGCUGAACAGCUGGACAAGAUUUUCUUGGGGCCCCUAAUCCAGCUUAAGAUGGCUGAUGUAGAAGAGUUGCGUAGUUACAGAGCUCCCCCUGCUUCUGUGGUGGCGGUGACUGAUGCCCUCUGUGUCCUGUUCCAUUGCCCCCCAGGAUGGGAGAGCGCCAAGCAACUACUAGGCAAAGAGGGCUUUUAUGAGGACCUUUUAUUCUUUAACAAACAGACAGUAGGAGAAGCAGAUCUGCAGAGGCUGAGUCAGAUAAUGAAAGACCCAAGCAUGAAACAGGAGAAGUUGUGUCAUGUGAGCCAGGCUGCAGCAGGGCUAGCUUCCUGGUUGCGGGCUUUAUUAUGCUUUGGAUUGGCACGGCGCGAAGCGGUACCCACAUCGAUCCUACUGAAGCGAGUGGAGGACUCGCUGUUGUCUGAGCAGAACCGCAUGGGCCGCUGCCAAAUGCAAACAAGGGAGCUUCUACAGCAAAACCACAUCCUGGCUCUUCAGGUUGAACAGGCGCGGCAGUUCCACAAUCUGCUGGCGGAACGGCUCAGUAAGGUGUUACAGAGCCGGGAAACAAAGGGACAGGUUCAGACUGCCCUGCUCAGCCCCAUGAAUGUAUGGACUGGCCAUCUUCAGAAGCUGAAAGGGAACUGCCAGACAGUACCUGGAGAUGCCUUGCUCUCUGCAGCUGCCAUCAAUUAUCUGGGCCCCUUCCCAUCCUCAAGACGCCAGGAGAUCCUGGACAAAUGGUUGGCACUCUGUUCAGGUCGCCAGGACCAUCUGGACCCAGAUGAUGUGGCCUUAGAAUUGGACAGAGAACAGGGCCUACCAAAAGAAUUGGAAGAAGUCCAGAUACCCACCCAAAUACCCUUUAGCCUAUUGUCGGUGCUGAGCUCUGAGACUGAGCAGCACCAGUGGGACCGGGACCUGAAGCCCCGUGCAGUGUCUACACGUCUGGCUGCCCUUUUUCUCCGCAGUCCCACUCACAGGUGGUCUCGACGAUGGCCCCUGAUCCUCGACCCUGAUGACCAGGCCUCUCUCUGGCUGCUAUCUCUGAACCAGCAGGAUAAUGAAGAUAUCCUAAAAAUGUCCCAUUAUCUCGAGAGAUGUGAGAAAGAAGUUGAGGCUGCCUUGGAUAUGAAAGGUUUUUCACACUUUUCAGGGAACACCGCUGAGGAGGACAGAAAAGAUAAGGAAGACAAGUCUUAUGAGAAAGAGAAGAAGGAAGAAGAAGAGAAGGUAGAGAAGGAAGAGGAGAAGGAGAAGGAAGAGGAGAAGGAGAAGGAAGAGGAAAAAAAGGAGAAGGAAGAAGAAAAGGAAGAGGAGGAGAAGGAGAAAAGAGAGGAAAAAAAGAAGGAAGAAGAGAAGGAAGAGGAGAAAGAGAAGAAGGAGGAGGAGAAGGAGGGGGAAAAGGAGGAGGAGGAGGAGGAGGAGGAAGAGGGACAGGAGGAAGAAGAGAACAUGUCUAUUCCAAGCUUAUCCAAUUCUGCAAUUGUCUUCAGAAUGCUUUCAGCCAAUGAUACAAAUCUGGGAAGAGAACUGCUAGAAGCAGCUGCCAAUGGUGUGCCGGUGCUGUUGAGAAAUGUGGAGCUGGGUCUGUGGUGUCCUGAGUUGCUGUGGCUUCUUCGGAGGGAGCAUCUGUGCCUUCCCGAAGUACAUCCCAACUUCUGCCUGUACCUGAGCACCAGCCUGCACCUUGAGGCUUUGCCAGCAGGUGAGGCCUGGACUUGGAGAUUGGUGUGGGGUCACCUUCCCCAUUUCUCCAGGAUUAUUUGCUGCUAUCACUCAAGGACUCUUCCUCUUCCUCUUCCCCAGCCCUUUGCUACAAGAUCCAAUUUGCUCUUCAACAUCUUGGAUAGAUGCCCCAAACUGUUAGGGCUUGGGUGGAGAGAAUUUGCUUUUGAGGAAACUGCAUGGGGCCUAUUUCCAGGUCUGAGCUCAGAGACACUGAAGGAUAUGAAUAUAAUAGAAAUGCACACAAUUCGAGAGGUGUUAGAGGAACAGCUUUUACAGGAAGUCAUAAGAGCCGAGAAGCCAGAUUUAGAGACAAGAUGGCAUAGCCUGGAGCUCAACAUACUGAAUGCUUAUGAGCGAAUUGAAGCUACUCAGGAAAAGCUGCUGAGGAUGGUGUUAAAUAUGGAAACAGAGCAACUGGGCCGAAAGUAUCUUCUACGGGACCUGCUGUGCUACCAGGCAGAGCUCUAUCAACAGAAGGCUCACCUGGAAGAGCUGAAGGAGUUGGAGGCCCAAGAGGCCGAGUUUCAUACACAUUUCCGGGAUGUGGCUUAUCUAGGCACCGCCAUAGCCCAGGCCACAUCCUCUCUGCAGAAUUUACACCCCAUGUACCCCUUGGCCUUAGACAACUGUCUGACAGUGACCCGCAGGACUCUGGCCAGCAUUGACCACCCGCUUCCCCCUCAGCAUGGGGAAGACCUGGAGAGCCACCUGCAGGAUUUGAGAAACCGAUUAACUCGAAGGCUGCUGAACAAUACUCUGCUCUCCUUACAGCCCCGCCAUGGCCCCCUCGUAGGGGUGCUGGGGGCCCUGGCCUUGCUGCAGCUCUCUGGGCAGGCUCCUGUCCUGGAGAGGCUAGCGCUGUGCCCGGGACUAGCAGCCUCCCCGGUGGUGGAGCAGAAAGUGCUGACCUCAGAUGUGGCCUGCCCCUCCUGGCUGGGGCCCAAAGCCUGGAAGGAGUGCGGCUUGCUGGAGCUGCUGCCCCCCUUUGUGGGCCUGAGGACUUCCUUGGCUGCCAACUCAGGGGCCUGGCAGGAAUAUCUGAGUUUGCCCUCCACAGUGGUGGGGCAAACCCCGGGCCUUGGCCCCAAGCCCCUGAGCUUGCUUCAGAAGCUGGUGCUAUGGCGGGUGCUACAACCAGAGCGGCUGGCGAAUGCCUUGGCUGACUUUACCACCUGCCUCCUGGGACGCUCUUUAUCUGAAGAUAAGGUUCCAGCUAUCAACCCCUACAAGCUGAGCCGCCCUACACGGCCCCUGAUUGUGCUGAUGCCCCCACCAGGCCACCCUACUGCCUCUUCACACCCCUUAUCCUUCAUCUGGAAACUGGCAUGCCAACAUAAGCAGGAGCAUCUGCAGGUCAUUGGACUGGGUUCCUCUCUAUGGGACUCUUCUCAGGCUGUGACCACAGCCCUCAGCGAAGCGAUGAGAAAGGGCAACUGGGUAGUGUUGGACAACUGCCAUCUGAUGUCGUCUUGGUCAUCUGAGCUCCUGGAACCUUUGUUGGGGAUGUUAGAUGGGGCUCAGGUGACAUCAGAAGUUUUGCCUCAGGUCUUGCACCAAUCUGUGACCAGACACAAUCUAAUUAUAAAUAAGAAUUUCCGGCUAUGGCUUAUUUCCUCAAUUAAUGCUAUUGACUCUCUUCCAGUGGUGGUGAUACAUCACUCAGUUCCUAUAUUCUGGGAGCAGUCACUGGAACUGGGCCACAUCCUGAUAUGCAGCCUGCAUGAAAGAUCUGAGCAAAUCCCAAGAUGCCUGGACAGCUCCAAAACCUCAGUGUCCCUAACUUCGGCUGUGCCAGUGAUGUUCCUGCACAGCCUUCUGUUGUACCGGCAGCUCUAUGGGCCCUGGCUGCAGGCCAAAUGUGGCAAAUGGAAUCAAAUGGUUCUGAAACAGAUUCUAAAAGUACAGGAAUGGAUAUGGAAGAAGUUCAGCAAUCACUGGGUGGCCCUGCAAGAGCUGACUGGCAAGACCUUGUCCCUUCCCCCUUUCUUGCAGCUUCAUAUAGCCUCUCAUGAGGUUCUUGUCAUCAUUCCCACUAAUCAUUUAUCUUCUCUUCCUUGCCCUUUGGCUAACUUCAUUUCUCCUUUCUUCUGUCUGUCCCCAGUCUCUGGCUUCCUCUGGCUCCCUCUACUCCCCCCUUUUUACCUUUCCCCCUUUUCUGACUCCCAUCCCACCCAUUUUUUAGUUUCCUUUGUUUUCCCCAUUCUUGAUCUCUGCCUCCUUAAUCCUUUUUCAGGAAAUGGACCUGCAGGGAACAGAUGGGGAGCAAUUUUUUAUGGUGGUCCUAUGGCUGAUCAUGAAGACCGGGCUACCAUAUUCAGUCUUGUCCGGGUUUGUCUAGACUCCAAAAGUAAACUGAAACCACGCAGUUUUACCCCAAGGAAUCUGUUGGCCAGUCUUAUACCAUGCCCAGGUAUGUCAGAGCUGGAGGCGUCUUCGGAGGUGGAGGCCCAAGCGCACCUGAUAGCUGCACACUUUGAGCCUCGCUGUUUUGGAGUCAGUGAAGGGCCCCAGGCCUGGUUAGUAAAGAAGAAAAGUAGGGCCCUAUGGGCAUCUCUACACAAGGCCCAAAACUCCUGGGAGCCUUCUGGACUGCCUAGUGCCCAAAUGCAGGCCCUCCAUCAGAUGGAGCAUCGGCUGAAGCAUCGAGUGUCCCAGGCUAUCCGGAGACUGAAAGCACUGCAGGCCAUGCUGACCUUGAGCUCUCCUAGCCAGUCUUUUGGGGGGAGCUCCUUCAAAGGGCUGCAAACCCUGGAAGGCUUCUUGGAGGGGGAGGCUACAGCAUUAAGUUUACUGAUGCUCGAGCUCCAUAGUGAUCUGAGCUGCCUGGAGAGCCAGCUGGCCGGGGGCCUUCCCUGCUCUUCCCCACGAUGUGAAAAGGUGGCCAUAGCUCUGCGGGCCGGCCGGCUGCCUCCUCCCUGGCGGCGUCACAUGUCUGCUGGGCCCCAGCCUCCCUGGCUCUGGCUGCACCAGUUGUGGCACCGGGGACAGCUGCUAACCAGAUACUUAAAUCUAUGUGCACAGCUGGAUCUGGGGAGGUUUGAACAGCAGAAUCGCUCAUUUCACCUGUCUGCCUUCCAUCAUCCCAGAGGGUUAUUCCUGGCUAUUCGCUGGGAGGCUAGUCACAACUGGAUUACUCCCUACAACACUCUAAGUUUAAGGAUAAGUACAAUUCCUGGCCGUGGCCAUCCACCCCCGUCCUGCCCUGCCUCCUACCCUGGGGCCCACCCUCACUUCCAGCUUAAACCCAGUUUUAUUGCCCUCUCCCGUGACUCACCCCAAAGACAGGAGCAUGGCAGACCCAGAUCUGUUCAGCAGAGUCAUAGUCUUGACCUCCGGAGUGACUCUGAAGCUGGCCUUAGACCUGAUUCCAAUCGAGGCUCUAUAAACAGAUAUUCUAUCUAUAGCCAACUUGGUGGAGGCACUGGCAGCAGCUCCAGGCCCAACAUGGGCCACUUCCUGGGUACCAAUUUUGUCUUUGGUCAUAAUUUCAACACUGCCAUACCUCGACAAGGGAUCCAAGGAAUCAGUCUUCACUUUCGGGUGGAAUGUGGACCCACACCCUCAGCUUCUGAGGAUGGCCUUCUAAUAAUGGGACUGCUUCUCCAUCAUGCCGAAUGGAAUCCUGAGGCCAUGGCCCUGCAAGAUGGACACUCAGGCAAGCCCAGCCCUCUGCCCCCUGUUAGCGUCAAUCCCCACUUCGUUAACCAAGAGCCUCCCUUGCCUUUCUCUCCUCUGCCUUUCUAUCACUGUCCUGUCUACCUGGGAGGACUUGUGGGCCACUCAAAGCUCGACAGUGCCCACCUCUUGUUCCACCUGCCACUGCCCACCAAACUCUGUCCUGACAUCUGUGUUCAGCGGAGGGUGUAUGUGUGUAGUCCACCCCUGACUUGAGCCAAUAUCUGAAUAAAGCAUGGAAAUGGCUAAAGGAGUGGGGUGUUGUAAUAUCCACUCUAGCUCUCUGGAGGGUCUCUGGAUAGGCCUUGGUCUUUAGGUAGAGAAGUGAUGAAGGAGGAGAGCCACCACAAGGCUGGUAUAGAAUGUAGUCCCAUAUCUUCUCUGUGUCUGUGUCUGAGACUCUUCUGUGUCUCCCAGCCCUUAAAUACCUAAGUACAAUUACAUCACCACAGCAUACUGAGCAUCCUCCAACUGCUCAUUACAUCAUUAUCACGUUAAGUAUAUGUUUAGAGAACCAUUAUCUCACAGUGAGUAGGUGCUUACCUAUAAAAGCACCCUGCUAUCCUUGAUUCAAGCAUACUUUUUCAGAUUCCUGCCCACUAUAUCUCCCGCCUUCUUUUGUUUUAGAACACAGGUGGUCACACCCUCCCUGACUUCUCAGAAAGCGAGAUGAAAACACCAAAGGGAAAUGGGGAAUUAAACCAGAUAUUUUUUUAGCGGGUUUCUUAAGAAUCUCACUUGAAACAGGUAUACAUAAAUCCAUCAGUAUGGGAGGUAUUAUGCAAGCACAUAGUAAUACAACAGGCUAGUAGUGAUGUAACACACAUUAUUCAACAUAGUGAUACAACAAACAAUAUGAAUAUACAUGUCUAAAAGUCCUAGAAGGAGGGUAUGUAAAUAACAAUCACACAUACGCCUCCUUCAGCAACCAAGAGAUAGUCUGAAAUCAAUGUACUGUCAAUUACUUCAUGUAUCAAAGAAUCCAAUGAUUCCUGCAGAUUUUGAAGCCCUGCAAUACUCAUUAUGUAUCAGAGAAUCCAGUGAUUCCUGCAGAUUUUGAAGUCCUGAAAUAGUCUCAUUAACAAUUUUUGAUGUUCAUGAGUCAAUUGCCAUACACACUGGGUUAACAGCCAUGCUUUUUCAGUGGCACAUCCAAGUUUCUUAGGUCUUCUUCAUUUCAAGGGUCUGCUCCAUCUCUCUCUGAUGGACAAGGCGAAUAUGGCUCGUUGGCACCCAUCUGAUUCCUUCUCCUUCUGUAGAGAUACAAGCAAACCCUGUUCCCCAAGCAAUUAACCCGUCGGGUCCCUUCCAUUCAUCAUUUUCUGGAUUUCUCCACAUCACCUGGCAAUUAUCUAAAGAUAGUAGAGCUGCUUGCACUGGGCCCUUCUCUAGUGGAUUAUAAAACCUGUCUGCUGGAGCAAGUGCAUCUUUGUCAAAAAUCAAGAAGUUAAUAGUAUAAAGACUAAAUCUACAAGUUCUCUAGGGUUACCUGUGGCUUCCCUUCUUUUGUUAUUGGAGGAAUGUCUUGAUGUCUCUGUUUCUCCCCUCUACUAUUGCCUGUCCUUGAGGAUUAAAGGGUAUGCCAGUGGUGUGUAAAUCUUAUACUGUGCACAAAAGUGUGCAAAAUGUUUAGAAGUAUAUGCAGGUCCAUUGUCUGUUUUUUUUUGCUUGUGGCACACCCAUAAUGGCAAAUGCUUGUGUGAGGAAUUCAGUGACUACUCGGGCUAUCUCUUUUGCUGCUGGUAUUGCAAAAGUGAAUCCUGAAAAGGUGUCUACCACAACAUGGAUAAAAGACAGACGACCAAAAGAUUUAUAAUGGGUCACAUCCAUUUGCCAAAUUUCAUUGGGUCUCAAACCAUGAGAGUUCUUCCCUGAAGGGAGUAUAGGAGCAUAGAAAGGAAUGCAAGCUGUACAGGCUUUUACUAUGCUCCUAGCUUCCUCUCUUGUUAUUCCAAAUUGUAAACAUAAAGCUCGAGCAGCCUGAUGAUAUUCAGAAUGAGAUGCCUGGGCUUCUUGAAAUAAAGGAUUAUUGGCCAACAUGGUUAGAAGGCUAUCUGCCUUUGAAUUACCAUAAAAAAUAGGACCUGGAAGUUCACUAUGAGAGUGGACAUGCAAGAUGUAAAUCUUAGCUGGAUGCAUUCUCACUUGUUCUUGAAGUUCCUUAAAGAACUGAUAUAUAUUACAGGCUACAAAUUUCAUUUGGGUUCUUUGUACCACACCUACUGAAUAGGCUGAAUCAGAUAUUAGCAUCUCCUUGAUAAUAAGUAAGAGCUAGCAUGAUUGCAUACAAUUCAUUCUGCUGAGUGGAUGGAAAAUGAGUUCUGGCUACUCUUAUGGUUAAAUCAUGAGAGUAUACAGCACAAGUGUUAUAUUUGGAUGCAUCUGUAAAGAUAGCUUGUCCUUUAAGAGGAACCUUAGAAAUCUUUUCUUCAAAAAUCCAUUGCAAUUAUGCAAUAGUCGAGUUAUCUUUAAAGGAGAUCUGUGUGUAAAAUUUGGAGUCGUGGCCAAUAAAAUUUGCCACUCUGGGAUGUUUUCACAGCAUGCAUUAAUUUGUGCAUUGGUAUAAAAGGUGUAUAUCUUGUCAGGUCUUAUCCCAGAUAAUUGUACUACUCACUUAAUGGCCUUUAAUAAAAUCGUAGCCACAA